CGCGCCCGGCAGGAAGUGUCCCGGCAGCAGGAAGCACGGAGCCGGCUGCAGCAGCGUGAAGAAUUGGCAAAUAAGUGACUAAAUGCAGAAAUAAGGAAACCCAAGAAGAAAUCUGCUCAGUGACACCCCUUGAGAAUCUUUCAACAACCUGCAACAUCAGGCAACCUUUUUCCAAGCAUUAUCAUUUUGUCGCCUAAAACCUGAUAUUAGCAGUGAAGUAGAUGGCUCAACUUCCCCCUGGAAUUCAUUUUAUCACUUUAUUUACAAGAGAUCAGCGCAUCAGUUCUUGUGUAAUUUCUAAAGAGAGAAAAGAAACAUGUCAACGUUAAUGAGCAGCUCUCGGAACUUAUCUUCCUGACUCCAACAGAUGACCAGCUGAAACCCUGAAAGAAGAGAUUUGGUUAUGUAAUGUGGACCUGCAUGUUUUGAUUAUAUUAAAGGCCUAAAAUAAAAGGGAUGAACAGGGGAACUUAUCCAUAUAUUCCAUAUGCAGAAAAGAGAGGACCACCAUAAUUAUCCAGCCAGAUCAGACCUCUGACCCACACACAGUCCAGAGGACAGAAGCUGGAGCAAAACACAUCUUGUAAAAGGAUUCCCAAUUUGUCUUAAGGAUUUUAGGCAAUGGCAAAUCCAUCGCCUCCUUUGUAAACUGUUCCAGUGUUUAGCCACCCUCAUUGAUAGGUGCCUUAUUUCAAGAUUGAAUGUUUUUCUUGCUUGAGCCUGGGUCAGUAAGGUAAAAAAGUCUCCCUGACAGUUCUCGGGGGAGAGACCUCUAAGAAAAUCCAGCGACUUGUUCAUGCUAUGGUACCGGGCCUUCAUUUUUGUUCUGACCUUUUUGUUGUAUGCCUCCUUCCAUUUAUCAAGGAAACCUAUUAGUAUAGUUAAGGGAGAACUACAUAAGCACUGUGCUGCUUCAACUGAAGUUGAACUCCACUCCUACAAAGAAUAUGCUACCCAGAGUCAGCCUGUUAAAAAGUUACCUAAUGAGUCUCAAUGUGGUUGGGAGCCAUUUGAUAAGAACAACUACAAGCAACUACUGGGAGCACUGGAUUAUUCAUUUCUAUGUGCUUAUGCAAUUGGAAUGUAUUUAAGUGGCAUUAUAGGCGAGCGACUACCCAUCCGGUACUACUUGACAGCUGGAAUGCUUGCCAGUGGACUCUUCACCGCAAUGUUUGGCUUUGGCUAUUUCUAUAAUGUGCAUAAUCUAUGGUUCUACUUGGUGGCUCAGAUUGCUAAUGGAUUGGUGCAGACUACUGGCUGGCCUAGUGUAGUUACCUGUAUUGGCAACUGGUUUGGAAAAGGAAGGAGAGGUUUCAUCAUGGGAAUCUGGAAUUCUCACACUUCAGUGGGAAACAUCUUGGGAUCACUAAUUGCUGCUUAUUGGGUAUCUUCCUGCUGGGGUCUGUCUUUUGUGGUUCCUGGUGUUAUAAUCGCUUUGAUGGGGAUCAUUUGUUUUCUGUUUCUUAUCGAACAUCCUAAAGACAUCAAUUGCUCUUGCACACCGCCCAGUAGCUCAAGGACUUACAUGAAUGGUACAAAUAGAUUCAGAGUCCAGAAACCAAACUUAAAUACUAAGGAAACUAGCCAAUCUCAGUCUCCAGAGAUGCAGCAGUUACUUUCUGACAAUGAAAACUGUGCAACGUCACUGAACAUUAACAUGCCAGUCAGUGAAGAAAAUAGAAAUGGAACAUCACCUAUAAGCUUCCUUGGUGCCUUGCGAAUACCUGGAGUGAUAGAAUUUUCCUUGUGUUUGUUAUUUGCUAAAUUGGUCAGUUACACUUUCCUUUUCUGGCUUCCCCUCUAUAUCACAAAUGUAGAGCACCUUGAUGCCAAAAGAGCUGGAGAUCUUUCCACACUGUUUGAUGUGGGGGGAAUCUUUGGUGGAAUUUUGGCAGGCAUAAUUUCAGAUAGAUUGGAAAAAAGGGCUUCGACCUGUGGCAUGAUGUUAUUCCUAGCCGCACCCACGUUGUACAUGUUCUCUGCAGUCAGUAAAAUGGGCCUCGAGGCCACCAUAGUCAUGCUACUCAUCAGCGGAGCCCUAGUGAAUGGCCCCUACGCACUGAUCACAACUGCAGUCUCAGCUGACUUGGGCACCCACAAAAGUCUGAAAGGGAAUGCAAGGGCCCUGUCCACAGUGACAGCUAUCAUCGAUGGAACUGGUUCUGUAGGUGCUGCUCUAGGACCUCUGUUAGCUGGUCUUAUUUCUCCUUCUGGCUGGAACAAUGUAUUUUAUAUGCUCAUGGUGGCAGAUGCAUGUGCCUUACUGUUCUUAGUCCGUCUUAUACAGAAGGAGCUCGGAUGUAGAAUGGAUCAUACCUUGUUUAAAGAACACUGAGUAAUGACAUCUUGGACUUGGAAUAAGGUCUGUGCGAGUGAUCAGAACUCUUCCCUCAAAGACUUUUCAGAAUAACUUAUUCAAUAUUUAAGAGAUUGUUUUCAUGAAGGAUUUUGUACUCUUGUCAGAAGACGAUUUAGAAAUUCAACUAGUGAAUUUCUGGUGAAGUUCUUUCUUAUUUUUUUGCACAUGCAUCAAUACCUCAGCAUGUUGACUGUUUUAUGACCUGGAAAGAGACGGAAGGUUUGAGAAGCUGCUACAAGUAUGCCUUAACUGAGCCAGAAAGAAGUACCAAGUGCCUUUGGAUUCAUUUGGAUAGAAUAUUUCAAUUAAACAUUUAAACUGCAUUUUUGAUCAGAAAGCAAGGAGAUUUGAGAACAGAGCGUGAAGAAAAUAAGCUCUUCAGCUACUCCAGCAAUGGACUCUGCCAGUAUUGUUAACAAAACAUUAAUGAUCAAAGUUUCCUUUAUGUCAUCUCUUAAAAGGCAAGAUCCUAAUACUAUAUGUGAAUUUUCCAGCUGGUUACAAUUCACUGCUAUUCAAUAUUCUGAAAUUGUUCAACAGAAUAAUACCAGAGCCAGACCAUAUUACUAUGGUUUAACUGCAUCACUAACUUAAUCCUGUAAAGGAGAAUCCCAAAGGCAACAUUCAGCCAUUUUGUGUGUAACAUAAUGGAUCUUACACCUAAUUACUAAGUUGGGUGCCUCUGCUGACCUCUGGCUAGAUAUUAUUGCUCGAUUGGGAUUGUCUGAGAAGGAGGCUCAACUAGCAAAGAAACUUAUUAGAGCUCAGCAUUUCCUACAAGAGUCUCUGGUGCUAUAUAAACUGGGUGGACAAACUACAUGUUUGCUGUUUUAUUGCUUGUCUAGGCCACCCUGGGGUAGCAGAGGAUAAUAUCUUGUCUCACUUGUGAUGGAAGCUUUAGCAUUAAUUUUAGAGGGUUGAACAGAAAUAGGCUGACUUUGACCCUGACCUCACAACAAUUUUAAUGCAGGCACCUACCUCACAGAUACUAGUGGGGUGCAUGCAGACAUAAGGAUCUUCCUGAAGACAGCUUAGUACAGGAUCAGGCCUUUAAUCAGAGUACUAAAAACUUGCUCACAGAGAGGCCGGUGGUCCAUGUUCAUUGCAUGCAUGCACGUGUGUGUGGGGUAAAAGUAAUCUGGGAUAUGGGAUCAAAGGAAGUGUUAUGGCACAUGUUAUCCUGAAAGUGCAGUUGUUUGUGUUUUCAUAACAUACCGUUUUUUGUUAAUCUGACAGUUUCUCUCCUUCUGAGAGAGAACAUGUUUCUAGGGAAUGUACUAAGAUGUAACAAAAUACAGAGUUUCUGUAAAGGAGGCAUUGAUACAGAUUGAAUGCAAAGGUUAAAUAGACACAUUCUAUAUUUGUUAAAAGAUGUAUUUAUUAAAACUUUUAAGCAACCAUAAUGUUCUGAAUGUUCUGACUUUUGCUUUAAGCUUUGCAAAACAAGACAGUACUGUAUAUACUUGACUUGGUGGACAAAAUACCACUUCUUAAAAUAACCCUACAAAAAUGUACUGGUACAUUUUUUUUAUUUUUAUUUUUUUGUCCACCAACUGCUGGUUCUGUGUUUUGUUUUAGCUCAGUAUUUAUGCUUUGAGGACUGUUGUUCUGAAUUGUUCAAAUGUUGACCUCAUUUUUGAACACAGAACAGUUGUGUGGGUUUCUGUAUUUUGGCCUUGAUUUAGCAAAGUACAUAAGCAGGUGCUUAAAUCCCACUGACUGAACUGAAACUUGGCACAUAUUUAAAGUUAAGCAUGUGCUUAACUAUUUUGCUGAAUCAAAGUGUUUGCUUGCAAAAAGGAACCUCCAAAGGCUUCAGUCAAACAAAGUUUUCUAGCAUUCAUCAUCCAAAGUCUUUGUGUGAUGAAUGCUAGACACCACCACCAGGCCUGCAAAGAUUUACAGAAAUGCUUAACGUAACACACACACCAUACCUAGUAGUACCACUGAUUUUUGUAAGGGGUCUCUCAGUGCAUAAAAAGAAGCAUUUGGCUUAGUCUUUGUAGGAUUGGGGUCUUGGCUAUCACAGCCAUUUAUACUGUUAGACGCUGCAUCUCCAAAAUUGUUUGUUAAAGCUGUAUUGCUAAGGCUAAUGUCUUAAGGUGUUUCUAGUUGUAUUUAUUAAUAGAAAUAUACUGUUGUAACAAUGUUUAAUGAACUCCAAAUUUGGGGUGUUUUUCUUCUUGGGAGCUGAUUUUAUUUAUUUUUUUUAAAACCCUUUGCAGUAUAAAGACCUAGAUUUGAACUAACGAACAUUGAUUGCUCUGAGGAAUUGGGUUUCUGGUACCUAACACUGUCCUUUUCCAUUCAGGAGUUUAGUGUUCUAGAAGGAUGGCAUAUAUUUUAAAAAAUGAUGUGCAAUUUUCUUGAGGGGGGGAACGUUAAGAAUUUCUUACAACUUUUAUCUGGGGUUGAAUUAGGGAAUCCACAUCUGUAAAUCAGGAAGGACAGACUAAAAUGAUAGCUGGCAUGUGUAACAGUCAAAAUAUUGUGCAGAAUAAUAAAAUGGCUGAAACAUGACUGAUGUUUGUUUCUUAAAGUGCUAGGAAAUGUGAUCAUUUCAAUUUCAAGCUACAAAAAAUGCCUCGGCCACUGGAAUUCAAUGUUGCUCAAUCUAUAAGGGCUGUGUCUGCAAUGGGAGUUCUGCCUACCUAAGAACAGCAGUAUCAGGCUCUUACUUUUCAGAGGACCUUUAGUCUGGCUUUAAAAUGUGUCCAUACUUUGCAAUUACAGUCACUUUGCACUGCAGAAAAUUGAACCAGUGGAUCUAACUUCCAUAUCCAACUUGUCUGCAAGGCAGCUCACUAGACACCAAUGUUCUCUUAUUUUGCUGUUGCGAAUAUGCAGUACAAGAGUGAAACUGCUUCUCUCCUAUAACCAGCCCUAAAAAUCCCUGAGUGCUAGUCAAACAGUGUGUUUUGGUACCAUCAGGUGUCAAUGCGCCUUCACCUGAUGAAGCAAAUCAGCUGGCAAAUGCACAUUGGAAUGCAAAACUGCAAUGGGCAAAAUAGGGUUCAUAUCUUAGUGUGAAAUGUUUCAUUUUGUUAAUGCUGAUUAUUUGGAGUUUAAAAUAUUUUUUACAUUGUGUUGAAUAAAAGCUGAAUUCUUUAUUAAAGGGGGAAAUGUU